AAAGCUGUAGGACCAAGCUGCAAAGAGCCAGUUUUUUGAAUUUCAAGGAAUACAACACUACAUGUAUUAAUGAUGCUUCUUUCAGGGGUUUUCUGCCUCCUGAUGAUGCUGACAGCUGAGGCUGGAGUUGGGAACUCCUCUGGGUUACUCACCUGUACUGAGACAGAGGAUUGUCUGCUGUAUGAUCUGAUUUCUGACCAUUUGGAUUUUGAGGAACGUCACUAUGAAUCUGUGAAGUGGGUUUCUACUAAUGAGAUGUCCUUCUCCAUGGACUUUGCAGCAAUGGAUUCAUUCAAACGACUACUGGAAUACUUCGACGGUGCCAACGACAAUGGAACAAUAAUGGCUGCUACAUUCCCUGUUCUUUUGAAAAUACCUUUCAACAUUUCUUUGGAAAGUGCUGUCUUCAUUAUCAGUUUCUUGCUGCCAGCUGAAUAUCAGACAGCCCCCCCCAGUCCCAUGAAUGAUAUGGUGUAUAUCCAUGAAACGCCCAACAUGACAGUGUUCACAAAGAGCUACGAUGGAUGGAUGACAGUCAUGUCUGACAACGUCACAGCAAGCAGUCUGUCAUUUCAUCUCAACUUAGUUGGUGUGAAAUACAUAGAAGACUUCUACUAUGCUGCCAUAUAUAACGAUGUGACGACAGAGAUUAACAGGUACAACGAGGUGUGGUUUGUUGGUGUGGACGAGUCGUCAAGCUCCAGUAGCUCUGAUAGCUCCAGCAGUUCCAGCAGUGAUGAAAUGGACUAGUCGCCUGCCUGUCGAGAUGUUGCAGAUGGACUUCUACUUAACAUCCUCAAGUUAUAAUGUGUCAUCUGAAGAAGCCUCUGAUGAAAGCCCAGAUUUAGAUUUAGGAUUAAAUAAAUUCACCCUAUGUUAGAUGGGAUGAAGGUUUUAAGCUGGCAGGUUUUCUUCUAUACUCAAUAAAGUUACCUUUUCACUGGGA